AUGGUUUCCUACAUGAAGGAUGUUGCUAAGCUCGGAGUAGAACUUACUGUUGAAGAGCGCAACCUUCUUUCAGUGGCUUACAAGAAUGUUAUUGGUGCUCGCCGAGCAUCUUGGAGGAUUAUUUCAUCUAUUGAACAAAAAGAAGAGAAUAAAGGCAAUGAAACCCAAGUUCAAAAGAUUAAAGCAUAUCGCCAAAAGGUCGAGACCGAACUUUCUGAAGUCUGCUCAGACAUCCUUGCUGUGUUAGAUGAACAUCUGAUUCCAUCUGCCGAAGCCGGUGAAUCCAAGGUCUUUUACUACAAAAUGAAAGGUGAUUAUCACCGAUACCUUGCAGAGUUCGCCUCCGGUGAGAGGCGAAAAGAAGCUGCUACUCAAGCGCACGAAGCUUAUAAACACGCAACUGAUAUCGCUCAGACUGAUCUUGCCCCAACCCAUCCAAUCCGUCUCGGACUUGCUCUAAAUUUUUCUGUCUUCUACUACGAAAUUCUCAAUUCGCCCGAUCGUGCUUGUCAUCUUGCCAAGCAAGCAUUCGAUGAUGCUAUUGCGGAGCUCGAUACUCUAAGUGAAGAAUCGUACAAGGACAUUGAUUACUUUCCAAAACUAACUGUAAUUGCUUCUUCGAAAUUAGAAGGAGAGAAACCAGAAGAAGCUAAACAAGAAGUCGAAACUGAAGAUCCCAA